UCCAAGGUUUAUUCAAUCUCUUCCAGAAAACUGGCCAAAGAAUUGGUCACUUCGAGACCGUUACAACAAUUUGUGGAAUGUGAAAGUGGAAAUGAUUGGCGGUGAUUGGUACUUUAAAGAUGGUUGGGAAAAAUUAGCUGCUGAUAAUAAGAUAAAAGGAGGGGAUAUGUUUAUCUAUGAGUAUUUCUCUCAUGGUUUACUUGACUUCAAAAUCCAUGGAGGCAAUGGUUGCAUGACAGAAGGCGUUGGGGGUCGGAUUACUAGGAAUAUUGAAGAGCAGCCGAGUAUAAAGAUAGAAUCAGAUGAUGGCGUUGUAAAUCAUACUGAUAAUGCUCCUAUCGGUGAAGGACACACACAUGAUAAUUAUGUUAAAGAAGCGAAUCACCGAGAUGCUCACACCGUAGAUGAGGAAUCAAGAGACGAUGCUCCAAUGGAGCUAGCGAGGGAUGGUACGGCCAGUUCUAGCAAACAUAUCAGAAGAACCUACGAUUGGUACGGUUUAGAGCUCGUCAAUACCGGGUUCAUUCCACCAUCCCCGAAUCCUUAUUUCGUGACGGAAAAAGAAAGAAACAGGGGAUUUACUCAAUUAUAUAUACCCAUGGAAGUGAUCAAAAGCUUCAAUCUGAAACUCCCUGAGAAUGUGACGCUCCUCGACCCAAAAGGAAGGCAGUUUUCUGCCAAACGCAUGAUGUGGAAGGACGGGAGGACGUUCUACACCGAAGGCUGGAGAAGCCUUUGUGAAGUGAACGAGGUGGAAGAGAAAGACUCGUGCAUUUGUGAAUUCUUGUAUAACGCUGAUGAUUUAUGCAUCAGUGUAAGCUUCUUUCCCCCAAAAUAGGAGCAAUGCUUGAAUGGAGUGGAUUAGAUUCUUAUUGAAGGGUUCACAUUUGUUUAGUCUCAAAGGUAUUUUUAUGCAUUUGAGAUUCCUGAGUUAUUGUUCGGAUAUGAUUUUAGGAUAUGAUUUGUUAUUUCAGUCAAUAGUGUAUGGUUUCUUUUUGCACUAAAAUGGUGCCAUUUUAGCAACAACAGUGUCACAGGAAAAAGUAUUUGAAAUAUUUUAUUUUGUUUUAUAUUUUCAAUUAUCAAUAUGCACAUUGGACUGACUUAUUGAAGUGGUGAUGUUAUCAA